UGUUUUCUUUCACUUUUUAAUGGUGAUUCGUAAAAUCGAUAUAUUAUUGAGUCGACAAUUAUUUCAAUAUUUUGAGUUUGAUACAACUUUCAAACUCAGGAUUUUUUAGGUUUUUAUAAUUCAGAACAUUUAAAUAUCGGUAUUUGUAAAAUAACGUGGAAGGUGAAUAAUCAAUAAAAUUUCCAAGUUAAAGUGAGGUGUGAAAAAUUAUUAGAUUGGAUAAUCUGCCAUUGAUGAAACUCGACAAUCUCAACAAUAAACUUGUCAUAACUGAAAUUCCCGAAAAAAAUACACCAAUGGAGCCAGUUAAUGCAAAGGAUGAUUCACAAAAAUCUAAUGACAAGGAUAACCCUGAAAAGGGAGAAAUUUGUGGUGACGAUGAUGAUGAUGAUGGUGUUGAAGAAGAUGUUCCUGGUGAUUUUUUCGAUGAUUUUUUGAAAGAAGAUUUCAUGGCUGGAUUGGAUAUUGUAGAUGAAGAUGAAGGAGAAGAAGAUAAACAACAUUCUGGUAAGGACGGAAAUUCAAUGACCUUUAAAAAAGGCAAGAAAAAGAGUCUUGCUAAAGAGAGACGCAAUAAACUUAAGAAAGAAAAGAAAAAAAUUGAUGAAAAUGAAGAAUUCAGGAGACACGGGAAAAAUAGCAGUGAAGAUAAAAAAACUAACAAAAGAAGCAGUAGAGAAGGAAUGAUCAAUGCAGAUGAAUUUGAUAUCCGCCGUGAUCCAAAGAAAACUAAAAGAGACAUUGAACGUGAUAAGGCUAAAUGUGAAAAGGAUAAAGAGAAGAAGAUCAUAACAGAGAAACUCAAACUAGUGGAAACUGGAUUAGUACCUCCUGGAAUGGAGAUGGAGAUGGAUAUUGAAGAAGUAAAGAAAAAGAAGGAAGAGAUGGAUCAGCAAGAAAAAUCUAUCAAAUUGAGCCAAAGCAGAAGCCCCCGAAAAAGAAGUAGGAGCAAAGAAAAAACUAAAAAAAGGACAAAAAGUCCCCUAAUAAAUUUUAGCCCAAGACGGAGAAUUUCUCCAAGAAGAAUUUCACCAAGGAGGAGUCCUAGGAGAAGUCCAAGAAGAGCCUCUCCAAGAAGAAGUCCCAUUAGGAGAAGAAGUAUCGAAAGAAUUUCAUUGAGAAGAAGUAGGAGUAUCAGUCCUUACUACAGAAAUAGGCGAAGUAGAUAUUCACCAAUACGCCCAAGAGCUAGUCCGGAUUCAUAUUCCAGACACAGAAGAUCCAGAUCUAGAUCAGCAAAACGUAGAAGAGAAGAGAAAAAAUCUUUUUUGCAGGAAAUUGCUGAAAAACUCAAUGAGACUCGACCAGCCAUCCAAAUGAUGCCUCUACAACACCUACAGCCUGCACCAACCUCAACUCCUGAAAUGUACAAUCUUAAUAUGCAACCAUUAGCACAGUUGUCUCAUCCAUCACCAGUUCCGGCUCCUGCCCCUGUACCACCACCAAUUGUAGCUCCCGUGGUGCCACCUCAGUUUAAUCCCCAUGUACAAACUCAGUAUGACCCCUAUGAUCAGAACUUUUUUAUCGGAACACCUCAACCUAACCCUGUAUUGAAUUAUGGAGGAUCACAACCUCGACCAACUGAAAAUUUAUCCCACCUGCCAUUGCAAGUUAACACCUUACAGAAACCCGUUGAAUCACCCAAACCUAUAUUUCCUUCUCAAAGAUCCAGCAUUAUGAAUUUCAACCGACUUUCCCAGGGAAUCGCAAGAGGAUUAGAAUCUAAGGAGGAUAUUGCUAAACUUUUUCAAGACAGCAAGAUUACAUUAUCAGAAUUUUUGGCAAUAACUGCUAAACCAGAAGUUUGCGCAGACAGUCCAGCACACAUUCAAGAAAAAAUAAAGGUAAUUUCACGGUGUCAGGAUGCUAUAAAAAUAUUGGGAAAUAGUGAAAAGAAAUUUACCGGACCACUGAUUAUAAGAAAAUCGAAACAGUCAAUACUGCCUCAAGAUAAAUUCAAGUCCCCCUUGGUGAAGUUCUCGCAGUUGAAGAUUCCUUUCACCGACAUGCCUAAGAAAGACCAGCAUAAAUCUGCCUUCACCAAUUACAUCAAUCACCUACUGCAGAGUAUUGGACUCAUGAAUGAAGCUGUAGUUGACGUGGACGACCAAGAUGGUUCAUCUAGUGUGGGUACCGCUGUACGUUUGGAAGAAACUUCUCCCCCUCCUCCUCCUCCUCUGAUAUCUCACAACAAAAACAUUAAUCAAAAUGAUAUUGGUACAAUGAUACCACCAAAUUUGACGCGUCUCUCAAACAACCAGUUAUCAAAAUUUGUUCAGACCGAGGUCUGGAAGUGCCAGGAAUGUGAAAGGCGUAAAAAAAUUGUUUACAAAUCAUCUGGGGUACAGUGUGGCGGGGAAGGAGUCACUUUUUCUGUCAGCACCCAAGUUACAGAGGGUGAUUUCCUUGUAAAAAUUCCAAAGAGUCAAUCUUUGGCUUCUUUAACACCUGCUCAGUUGCUUGCAAAGUCUGGAUCUAAGUUUAGUAGAAAUGUUGACGUAGAUGAUUUUGAUUUAUCAUUUCCUUCAAAACAGACCAGAACGAACUUCCGUCCCGGUUCUGAACUGUACGGUGUGUCUCGAUAUAAUAACCCUAGUCCACCUCCACGCUUUCUCCCAUCCAGCCGAGAUGACCUAGGUUUCAAUCAAAUUCCUUCUUCCUUUGGAGGGAGAAGUAGAGGCAACCAAACGCACUCGAGUUUUAGUAAUAAUUAUUAUUAAUUAUUUAUGGUUUUAAUAGUUUCGUUGGGGUAAUUGUUUUUGUUUUGAAUAUUGAAAUGUUAGAUUUAGAUGCUUGAUGUGUUUCUAUAGACUCAUAAUAAAAACAUUUCGUUUCAAAUCAGGAUAGGGUUUUUUCAAUGAAAUUGGUGAUAAGAACACUGUCAACAGUUGCCAUCUGAUAUUGAAACGGAAUUUAUACUAGUAAUAAAUAAGUAUAUGUAUGAUAUAAAUAUUAUGUAUAAUGGUAAUUCUGAUGUAAGACAUAUGUUAUCAAUAUAAACAUAACAAUUUAA